AUGAGCGCGAGAAGCACGGUGAAGCGCAAAGUGUUUACGUACCCAAUGCGGGAAGCGAAUAGCGCUGCGCUUGGCCUGGGAAUUGAUGUAUUAGGCGCUGAUGAUACGCAGGCUGAGAGGCUCUCAGAGCCAGCGCCGAAGCUACCGUCCUCCGCGACUCGCGACAGAGUCAUUAUAGAUGAUGUACUGGAGCAGUACAGCCCGCCCAAGGACGGCGAUAAGGUAGACUGGAGCUACGAUCACACAGAUGGGAUUGACGCGUCGCGCACCUACGAUAUAUCGCGCGAUUCGCAAGUGUUACCGGCGAUUGUGAAUGCCUACGCGCGUCUUCCAACCGCCUCCAGCAAGAAUGUCAAGUUUGACGAUCACCUUACAGUGCAGGAAGCACCUGCACGCUACGAUACAUCGGUCUCGAACGAGGUCGUCGACAUGGAACUGGAUGAAAUCGAACAAGUGACGCCUACCAUGGCCGCCUCUGUGAGUCCUGCGAUUGCUGCGCCACCCGUGACGGCAAUGUUUGGCCAGGAUACGUCGCUCCCUUGGGAGACGAACAUUCGUGAAAGUGCAGAAGCGUUUCCUCUACAUGCUCCGAUGGAUUCCAGUAACGUUGCCUCGGCAGACCGCGUCGAGAAUUUGGUCGACCAGCUACUCGACGAUCAAGUUCUCUCCAUGUCGCCCGCCUCUCCCGCUAUGAAAGAAAGUGUCUCGAUCAAGAAACUAUACAGUCCACCGACAGAUGCAGGCCCCACACUCAAUGCAAAUCUUCCGAGUCUUCCGAGCUGGAGUCCCAUCACGUUUGACACCACGCAAGAGCCAAAACGCGCCGUGGAGCUGCCCGCGAAAACCGUCCGUCCCCAUAUUUCACGCGGCACUGUUCGUGCGCGUGUAGAGGAGCGAAAGCAAGGUAUUCUUUCCGAGACUUCACCCGCAUUGCAAGCGCAAGAGGCAUUGCAAGCACAAGCCGCGGCACAAGAAGCCGUGGAGGCCAAGCACGCCAAGGACCGCUUGAAGCGUCGCGCAAAUCGCGCGAAGGAAUCUCAUGUUGAUGUUGACAAGGAUCUUCCCCUGCCACCCCCGACCGCUGCACCUCGCUCUAAACGCGCGCAACUGUCCAGGCUUGCGCCCAUUGCCACAGCAAAUGGCUCGGAGACGGUGCGUGAACUUGCAAGUCCUCUUACGCAAAUCCAAACAAAUCUGCAACGCACCGCAAACCAGUCACAAGCUGCGCCGCCCGCCGCAUAUACGAUUUCCACGCCCGAGAUGAAACGCCAGCAAACGUGGUUUGCUGAGGAAGCGAGUGGCCGAGCUGAUGUGCCACAGCGCGAAGUGAUGAGCGACCGAUCUAAUUCGCCGGAAUACUACUCUCCCCUCGAGACAGAGGCUGAGUUCCAGGCGCGAUGCAACUCGGUGCGCGAGCCAACUGCGUUCGGAAACAUGAUGCAGCGCGAGCUCACCAAGAUUAUUGAUAGCAACGACCAACGGUACAAGGUGCACAAUGUCGGCGUCUUCAAGAGCACCGCCGAUCCCGACUCCACGCCGACAUUCCAGCUGAGCACCGAGCCGCCAGUAUGGACUCGUGUGACAAAGCCAAGCGACGUGGAUACUUUUGCAGCGCAAAAAGCCAGCGGCGAGGAUAUGACCACCGGCUGUGUCUUUUUCAUGAUCGACUCUUUUAUCCCGCAAAAUUUGCCGAUCCCAAAAGAGACGGUCAACUUUUACAGUGUUUUGGACAAUGGGAUUCACAUGGUCAAGACAGGCUCCGCACCACUGCGUCCGCAGCGCGACGGAUUGUGCCCUAUUCUGCAGGAAUUCGAGCUCGUCGAGCACGCGCGCUUGGAAUUGAGCGUGACGCUGAUGCUGCAGGAGAGUGCACAUGUAGAAGCCGGCGCACUCGACGAUACACAGCGCGCUGGGAUUGGAAAGCUAUUUAAUCCCUUUACGCCACGCCACGACGGCCUGCUUUCGAGGGUACGCAAUAUGCCUCUUUUGCACUUUGCGAAUAAGCACGGCACGCUGGGCAAGGCGUCGGUGCCAUUUGAUGCUGUGCGUGCGAAAUGUUAUGCACGCGCGCUUGUGCUGGACGUCCCUGUGCGGCCUGUCGGCGAUGGCAAGCCCGAGAAAAGCACAGAUCGCUCGCGCGGCUUCGCGGCUAAUUUGACAAAGCCGCGCGGGACGCUGCGCCUGCGUCUCUUUUACCUUCCCCCGCUGCCGAUUUCACUCGAACCCGAGUUGCCAAAGAGCCUGGAAGAGUGUGUGCAGGGUAUGGACAAUAUAGCGUGGCACCGUACAGGUACCUCGUACAAAGGCACACUUACCCAGCUUGGCGGAGACUGCAAAUCCUGGCGGCGGCGCCCUGUGCGCAUAGUAGGCCUCGACAUGAUGUGCUACAGUGAAGUCACCAAUCGGCCCACAACACGGAUCGAUCUUAUGCAAGCGCUUCAAGUUCAGAGCGGCGCGAGUCGGUCGGGCGAUGAGGACGACGCACUCUCCCAAUUUCCCCACGCAUUUUGCAUUUCCUUCCGCGACGGGGAAAAUAUUUAUUUCUAUGCGGAUACGGAUGCGGGACUGCGCGAGUGGAUGCGCGUCCUGAAAAAUAUCGUGUCGCACAAGCUGCCGGCGCCGCCGACAUGGGCGCAAGUCGCUGCUGCAGACGCCGCUGAAUUCUACGGCGUGCCGCAGCGCGAGCCUCGGCAAAAGAGCGAGGGCGUUACGUCGACAGUGCGCACUGCUGUCCAUACACAGCCGCAACGCGCGCCGGGGCCACAGCCGCAACGCGCGCCGAGAGCAUCGCAAAGCACGAGGCCACAAGGCGUUCAGCACAGCGCUGAGGAUGCCAAGCAUAGCGCUGAAGACGCCGAGCAAGGCACGGAAAUCCCUCAACGCACUUCGCACAACGUCGCGCCCCCUCGUCCGCCCCCCGCCAAACCCGAGACGUUCCGGAGCAAGGCACGCAAGUUUUUCUCGCGCGACACGGAGAAGGCCCGCACUUUGCCGGGCCUGCGCGCUUUUGUGUAG